UAUCCUUCUCUGUUAAAUAAUUUUUUGUGAUUAGUUUUUCUCUGUUACAAAACUCGACAGCUUGCCAAUGCAUACACUGAAUUGAAUGACCCUGUUGUCCAACGCCAGCGUUUUGCUGAUCAACUCAAGGACCGACAAUCAGGUAAUGAUGAAGCUAUGGCACUGGAUGAGAACUUUUGCAGAGCUCUUGAAUAUGGAUUAACUCCUACUGGUGGUUGGGGAUUGGGUAUUGACCGACUUGCAAUGCUGUUGACAGAUUCACAAAACAUCAAGGAAGUUCUACUCUAUCCAGCCAUGAAGCCACAGAAUGAGCCCAAGGAUAGCAAUAAAAAGCCUGAGGAAUCUGCCAAGCCUCUUCAAGAUGGACAAGCCAAACCUCAAGAUGGACCUACUACAAUGCAAGAUGUGGAAAAGCAGAUGUCCGGCCUCACAACGAAGUGAAAAUCAUAGAUAUUCUGGGUUGAGUUCCUGCUGCUCCUGGAGUUCACAGAUAUUUUGAGCUAUCUUUUUGAUGAUUUGAUU